CACUAAUUUAGCUGAGCCCUUUGGGUUUCAAGUUACGGUGCAAACGGAAUUCAACUUUGAACUGGGACACUCACAGCCAGCAUCCCGCGAGAUUUAAACACCCCGCGCUCAACUCUGCUAGUCCUCGGGGCAUUUGAUUGCGAUAUUUUAAGUUGCGGCUCUUUUGCUCCUUACAAUGAGCUGUCCACGGCUUCUUUUUUCUCCCACUUUUUUUCGCUCAAUAAUGAAGACGGCCAGUCGCAACGUUUACGCGGAUACUAGGAAACAUCUGAUGUUAGAUCAGAACACAAAACUCAUUUGCCAGGGAUUCACUGGCAAGCAAGGUACAUUCCACUGUCAGCAAACAUUAGAUUAUGGUACCAAGUUGGUCGGAGGCGUUUCUCCCGGCAAAGGUGGAAGUAAACACUUGGGUCUACCAGUUUUCAACACAGUGAAGGAAGCCAAAGAAGCCACUGGAGCAACUGCGUCUGUUAUCUACGUCCCACCCCCGUUCGCCCCGGCAGCAAUCAACGAGGCAAUCGAUUCAGAGAUCCCACUUAUUGUGUGCAUCACCGAGGGUAUUCCACAGCAUGAUAUGAUCCGCAUUAAAAAGCGCCUGAUGGAACAGUCCUCUUCCCGGUUAAUCGGUCCCAAUUGCCCCGGUAUCAUCAAACCAAACGUGUGUAAAAUCGGCAUCAUGCCAGGUCACAUUCACACCCCAGGAAAAAUUGGUAUUGUCUCCCGGUCCGGUACUUUGACCUACGAGGCGGUCUUUCAGACAUCCCAAGAGGGGCACGGACAGUCAUUGUGCAUUGGAAUCGGUGGGGAUCCUUUCAAUGGAACUAACUUCAUUGACUGUUUGGAAGUGUUUUUGAAGGACCCCCAGACGGAAGGCAUCUUGCUGCUCGGCGAAAUUGGUGGUGAAGCAGAAGAGAAGGCUGCAGCCUACCUGAAGGAGCACAACAGUGGUCCUAAUCGCAAGCCAGUCGCUGCGUUUAUCGCUGGUCUGACAGCGCCACCCGGACGACGAAUGGGACAUGCAGGUGCCAUUAUUUCGAUGGGAAAAGGCGGUGCAAAAGAAAAGAUGGCUUGUUUAGAGGACGCAGGAGUUUGCGUCACUGCGUCCCCAGCUCAGCUAGGUGCAACGAUGACGAAGGCUCUUCGUGAGGCCAAAUAGGUACAAUCAUGUCGCUGUGGAUACAGUCCCUGAGCCGCGCUUUUUUUCGUCCUUUUGUAGUUACCCAUAUUUCCUCCCCACUAUGUAAGAAGACAGAAUUUUGUGGUUAUUUUUGACGUCUUGGGCGAAUUGCUUGUCAUCACAGUGAAACCAUUAAACGCCUGUUCCGAAUUUCAAAAAAAUAACCAUUCUCAAUGACUGCGCAUCUCAUUUUAAAGAUGUGUUACAAGAGAUCUACUGAGCUAGAGGCGGAGAAAUUUUGAAGCAUUCCCUGGAUUACGCCUCGUGAGGUGACUGUUUUCAUCCUGUGGAAUUAGGUCUCAGCAGUCUGUUCCCUAAAUCAUUCAUGGUUGUAAGCAGCAAUCACCGAUAAGAUGUGAUAAAACUUUAUCCUGCAGUUUCGGAGAUAGCACCAUUCCAAGACAGUACACCCCGCCGUUUAAGGUCCUAUCUGACAUCCAUAGGUGGCGUCCUGCCACUUAUACUUCCCUCAGUUUAGUUGGUUGAAGCAUCUUCCUUAUGGCACUGUAUCUUAUUGCUGUUGGUCGCCUUUCGUCUUUGUACACUUUCGGGGAACAAAAUUGAAGCACUUCUC